AUGGCUCGAGGGAGAGAGACCAACACUUCAAAUCACACCACCAGCACCCGGCAUACAAGACAUAGUUCCGAUUCGUAUGAAUCAAGGAGCACUGACCCGUCAUCUUUAUAUGACAGUCCUUUACCAUCGACAAAAGGCUCAACCCCACGGACCCCGAGAACUCAGUCGUCAUGUUAUCACGAGGACUUAUCGCCGGCAACCAGUCUAUAUCCUCGUUCCUCCGUCGAGACCUACUCAUCACGGGCAUCCUAUGAGGAAGGUGAAGACCUGGAGGAAGAUGACGGCCUUGAAUACCCCGAAAUCCCCCCUUUACCCAUAUAUCGUCAUGAGAUUGAGGAUAUCAACGUUCGACCUUCAACGCCAGAGGACUUCGCUGCUCUCUUCCCGUCUAUGAACAAGCUUAUUAUCCGCCAUGAUGACUUGACGCCAGAUGGUAACAUGAACCUUCGCGUGGAUACAAUUGUAUCUGGCCGGCGGAAAAAGACAAUUCAGCUGUUUCACUUGCGGAUGAGAGAUUUGAAUAAGCGGGAAUUCUCCUUACGACGCUAUUGCCGAGAUUCCGGCCGCGAGGUCUGCAAUUCUAAGCGCAAAUACAUGGAGCCGAUGGAGACACGCCAUCCCAAGUUACAGAGAUCUGUUUCAACGGCUGUAAAGACUCUCACAUGCCGGCCGACGCUCCGUCGCUCACCAACUUCUGCCUCGCUAUUUUCUGCCAAAAGCCGUCCAGGAACAAGCCAUUCAACAGCAGUAGUUGACGAUGAAUUCCCAGGCAGCUUUGAGCAUUCUCUCAUGCAUGACAACAAGCAAAGGGCGCGACCCAUUCCAACAAAUACUAUCAAGCUAGAGUUCUCAAACUACGCUAGAGUUGACGUUCAACGGCGUGGGCACAAAGCUAAGAAGUAUGAGUUCGAGUGGUGGCAACACAAGUAUGCCUGGAGGCGGAUUGUUGACAAGCUGACGGGAACUCUAUCAUUUCACCUCUUCCGUGACGGCGACGGUACCCCGGUUGCCCAUAUGGUUCCUGAAACCCGAUCACCGAACCAAAUAGCCAUUGAUGAACAUGCUGGUGGAUGGAUUCCUCCCUACCACAUGUGGAUAAGCGACCAGAGCUUGAUUGAUGUGCAGACAGACGUCGCAGACGUUGUUGUUGCGACUGGCCUAAUUGCCCUCGUUGAUGACUGCAUCAAGUCUCGCUGGCAAACCAACAGACAUCGAAUUCGUCGCUUUAGCCUGCCGGACGUUGAAUUUGUCAGACCCCGCUCCUUUGUACAACACCUACUUCACCGCCGAUUCUCGGAGCAUCACCAGCAGAGCCCGCUUCGCUCACAGAAGGCUGUGGCUGCCUACUAG